CUGCCUGCACGGGCACAGUUAGUUGGUUUUCUCUUAUUUUUCUUGCUCCAAAGUGAGACGGAUGCUUUAUGUAUACAAUUAUAGUGAAUUGCAACCUCCUAACAGGAGAGGAAGGAAUUGUUGAAAGCUGUUAGCGUUUAAAGUGGCAUGUCGCUCGCACUCUGCCAGGGGAGAGACAGGAGAACCUGAGCUUUUUCAGUGCCGGAGGAGCAUGAGGACGUCACGGCAGGCUGAACAAUGACCUAACGGAGGAACGCCUUCUGCCCGUGUGUGUUACGUCAUUGGAAAGGCUUCCUUCGGAAGUUCGAGCCCAGUUGGCUCUUUGUCCUCGGAAGAUCAUGACUUUGAUCCAACGGCUGAAAUGUUAGUUCAUGAAUAUGAUGACGAGCGAACUCUCGAAGAGGAAGAACUGUUGGAGGGGGAUAAAAACUUCAGCGCUGAAAUUGCUGAUUUGGAGAAGGAGGGCAAUAUGCCUUUAGAACAGCUGCUGGCUAUUUAUCGAUAUGAAGCAUCUGUCAGCACUGUUGCGGGCUCGAGUGUGGACAGCUCCUCGGGAGAACUCGCAGAUGAUCUGCCAGAUAUGACAUUGGAUAAGGAAGAAAUUGCUAAAGACCUGUUAUCUGGUGAUGAUGAAGAAACACAGUCGUCAGCCGAUGACCUGACCCCAUCCGUAACUUCCCAUGAAACCACAGAUUUCUUCCCAAGAACCCUGAGAUCAAACACUAUUUAUGAUGGCGAUAAGGAAUCUGAAGGCGAGGAUGAAGGUGUAAACCCCGAAGACUCCAGAAAGGAGAUAAUGGUGGGAUCCCAGUACCAAGCUGAAAUUCCCUCUCGACUCGGCACCUAUGGCGACGAAGAAAAACCGUAUGAAGACGAAGACCAGCUCCUCUGGAGUCCCACUGUCUUGCCCGAGAGUAAGGUGAAAGAGUUCUUGUGUGAGGUGGCCCUGCGAGACCUAGAUGAGAAGACAGUCGGGACGAUGGAGGGAAGCCACAUUCGAGACAAUGAGCAAGCUUUGUAUGAGCUUGUGAAAUGCGAUUUUAAUAUCCAUGAAGCCCUUGAAAGGUAUCGGAAAAAUUCAAAGUCUUCAAAGGAUGAAAUGCUUCCUUGGUCUGAAGAAGAAUGCAGAAACUUUGAACAUGCACUUCAGUUAUAUGAGAAGAACUUCCAUCUUAUACAGAAACAUAAGGUUAAAACACGAACAGUUGCUGAAUGUGUAGCCUUUUAUUAUGUGUGGAAAAAGUCAGAACGUUUUGACUAUUUUGUCCAACAGAAUAGGUUUGGAAAGAAGAAAUACAGCAGCUAUCCUGGUGUAACGGAUUUGAUGGACCGCCUAGUAGAUGAAGCAGAAGGAUUAGCUGUUGACAGCUCCUCAUCAGUGUGUUCCAGCAGUGGGAGGAUGGAUCCUACUCCAGAUCAACAGCUGAGCAUUCUGAACUCCAUAACUGCCAGCGAUCUUACAGCUCUCACCAAUACUGUGGCCACAGUUUGUAAUCCAGAUGUGAACUGCCUGGAUUCCUACAACUUUCCUGCAUUGGACAGCUUGCACAGAGGAGCACUCAAUCAUGAGGAACCUCUCAAUUUCUCCGCCAAUGGCGACACCGACUGUCUGAACUUGCUUGAUGCAGGGUUCUACCACUCCGAUUUGAACCAGAUAAACAUGUGCAGUGAGGAGUGUGAACGGCCUGCAAAGAGGUUGAAAAUGGGCCUUUCUGAACCUUUCAUCAACGACGUCUCUGUGAAUAACCUUGGCGUAGACUUCGAGAACCACGCACAUCACAUCACGAGUGCCAAAAUGGCUGUGUCUGUGACUGACUUUGGUAGCUUAUCGACCAGCGAGUCAAAUGGAUUCAUGAACUCCCACACACUACAUCAACACACAGCCCUGCAAUCCGAGUGACUAGCAACAAGAAAACAUGACCAUUGAAUUUGAUGGCAUAGCCAUCAAAUGUGUACAUAUUCUCAUUCACUGGAAGUUUGAACUUUUUUUUUACUAUGACAUCAGUGAUGUCUUUUAUCGUAUAGAACUAAAUCUUGAUUUCUCAAGAGUUAAGAAUAGCCAUUUAUUUUUCAGUCCUAAAUUUGGAAGUGUCAUAUGUCGAUGUUCAUAAACUGGUGGAACUGAAUAUUGUGGUGUAAGUUCAAGCUCUGUAGUCUCGGUUUUUGUUGCUCCUACAGGCAUCUCUAAAGCUUACAGCCACACCUCUGAACCAAUGACAAGGUUUUUGAGCCACUCAGAAUGGCUGCCAGAAACAGUUUUUUGUUCUUCUGGUUUUCUUUUCAAUUUGGUACUUUGGAAUAUCAGUGUUUACAGGUACCCUAGAGACUAGACCCUGGCUUAUGUAGCAUUUUGUAUAAGAGGGUCCAGGCUUUUAUAUUCUAGAAAUGCACUGAGAAGUGCAGAGACUUUCUUACACGGAGCCUUUCUGUAUAUUAAAAGGAGCACUUCAGUUUACACAAUGACAAUAUUUUGAUUUUUUUUAUGUAGGCAGGUACCAGGACUGCAUAUGAAAAGAAGAAAACUAUUGAGUUUUCUAAAAACCAAAUUUGAGUGGUUGCCCUCAUACUGAAAGUCGAACUCCACUGCCAGAUUGCUAUUUCACAGUGUAAAAUUGGCAAAAAAAUAACAUUUUAAUAUUUUAUACAUUUUUUUUCAAGGUCAACAAUAGAUUUGUGAAACCAGUGUAAAUGUUUUACAGUGUAUCCUUAAAAAUGUUCAGAGGCAGCCAAAAAUACUGCUUUUAAUUUUUGCUACUCAACUCAAUUGGUUGACUUUCGGUCAGCGUUGAGGUGAUAAAGUGCAGUUCAUAAUGUUUGAAAUAGGGAAUUUGCUACGAUGUAUGAAUAGUAUACUGUAAAUACGCUGGCUGCUUUGUAGGCUCUGAAGAGAGUGAGAUGAACAUUCAACUGUUUAAAUAUUUCUCCAAGCCUGUUUAAACAAUUAUUCUAUCUGAAAAUGACGGCAACAACAACUGCAGCUCAUUCUGAAAUGCUUAUAACGUUACUUGUGUCCUUUCCUUUGUAUUUUGUCAUACUGUCCUUUUGCAAUUUUGUGGUAACGACAUCCAUCUUUAGAUCUUAUCCAUUAAAAGUGUUUGGCUUGAAUGAAAUUAGUUGUUAGUGGAUAGUUAGAGGGUGGGUAUUUAUUAAAAAGGACGUUAUGGACUGCACCAAUGUCAUCCCAACUUUAGCCUUAGCCUUGUUUGUACUUUUUAAUGCUUUUCUAGCAAAUGUACAGUGAAAUAAAUUUGCUAAAAAUAGGCACAUUUAACUUUUCUUAAUUUGAGAUGUAUAAAAAAAUCUAUUUUGACUGACUUGAGUACUAUUUAUGUAAGUUAAACAGUGUGCAUGUACAUCUUUAGUUCAGUAGGCUUGUCAUGGUGAAUAGUGAAAAACUAGAUGUUUUUAUCGUACAAAUCAACGUUAACACCUAAGUACACACAACACUUAACGGGUAGCCUUGGCUUGUUGCCAGUAUUAUGUCAUGUCAUUUUCUGCUUUGUCAGCACCUUGUUACAAUGUGUUGUGCAAGUCUGCAUUGUUAAUUCAUAUUUUCCAAUGCUGUAAAGUGAUUACAGUUGAAUAAGAUGUACACAGGAGAUUAUGUAUUUUAAUUUAGUUGAUGGCUAGUCUUCUCAUGCUCAUGACUGAAUGCCUUUUCUGGAAGCUCAUAAGAUCAAAAUCAUGUCAGUUGGUAAUUAAUGCAGUACUAGUGUUUACUUAAUUUAUCUAUGCAUUUGAGAUCUAAAGUAAGAUGGAGUGUUUUCAGGUAUAGAAUUUUGAAUGUCGGCUUACUAAUAAUGAAUAAUGGGUUGUGAACCAUUGGAAAAUCUUUACUUCGGUCUAAUGAUGCAGAGAAUUGAUGGUUACUGAGUUUAUCGUCAUUGGGUAGUUUUGAAAAGUCAGUUAUUUGACCUCAUGAACUUGUGAACUUGUGUUAAGACAAAGAUUUCUUUUAAUUCCUUGUUAUUAUAAGGCAAUAAUUUGUAAAUAUGUACAGACUACCUUUUUAGGUUGAACUGACUUUUUCCCCCAACAUUUUGCAGCAGAGCAUUUCCAUGCAUGCUAGCUGUGUAUUUUCACAAUUGUACCACUAAAACAGCUUUAUGUAUUUAGCUAUUUAAUGUUGCGUUUGCUUUAAAAGUUUAUGCGUUUGUUCCUGUAAAGAACCUAUUUAAUACAGCAUCUAUUGAGUUAUUAAAAAGAUGUGGAUGCGCACUUUACAAUCUGUCAUCCAUGGUUAGUAUCACAGAUUCUACUAGAAGUACAGAUUAAGCAUGCAGCUGCCCACUGGAACAAAAUCAAAACUUUUGGUCUGAGAAUUCAUCGUUAACUGUUACGUGUCUCAAUAGUUAUUUUUAGUAUAUUGAAACUGUUUAAUUGCAAACUGAAAAUGCAGGAUAUCUCUCCUGUCACAAAUGUUUAUUAUACCUUAAUGCAUUUGAGAUGGAAGUAACGCAGUUUGAUUUAUAUCUGCUGUUUUGCAUACUGGAUCAGAGUUUCACUUUUUAGGCCCAUACAAAGUGUGAAGGAAUAUUUAUAUAUGCAGUAUUAUGGUGUGCCACAUUCCAAAUUAUGCAUUUUUACUGAAUGUUAAGGGAAGAUUUUUGUUUAAACACUAAAAAUAGGAUAACAACUGAAGCUAAGUGUGUAUGCAGAUGCCUGUAUUACAGCCUUUUACAUUUUGGCUCUUUUUUGUCUGUCUGAUACUCCAUGGACAGUUAAUUGCUGUAAUCUGUGCCUAAUAAGGGCCUUCCCACCUGCUAUUCACAAUAGGGAAAUGCAAGCCAGAUCAUUAAUUCAUUGCUUUGUACAAAUGAAAAUACAAACAACAAGUGGAACUAGAAACAAGGUCAUUAGUAACUUAAACUAAAAUAUUUGUAUGAAGUUACUGAAGAGUGAAUAACCACUUCAUGAGUACCUGGUGCUGUGUUGAUAGCAAUACUUCUAAUUUUCUUCUUUUUGACAAGCCUUUUUCUGUUCAUUCUAUCAUAAGUUUUCCCUCACAUCAAACUUACUUGAAGGAUGUACAUUAGUAUCAGUUGGCAAAUACUAAAGUGUGUACAAUUGGGUCAUUUAGAUUGUGCAAUUUAUUUUCCUCUUGUCUUUCUUAUGAUUGGUUCCUUAGCAAAUAUAGUGGUGCAGUGGUAUUUAUUUUAUCCAAAGUUUGUAAGAAAGUUCUAGGUAAAAUCAGAAUGUAAACUAUUGGCAAUUUCCAUGUAGGGAAGUAAUGUGUAUAUUUUAACCACACCCCAUCCCUGAAAUCUGUAAAAUGUGAUAUUUUAAAGAAAUCUUAAGUAUAAAAUUGUUUUGUAAACAGUAUAUUAAUUUCUAUAUUUUUAUUUUAUUUUAGAAUAAGAAUUACCAACAGCAACACUGUUGUUGUGAGAGUUAUUUUCUUGGCCAUGGUUCAUAUGAAUAAGAAACCUACUUUGUGAGUAAAAAUAUAACCUGAAUUAUAGACAAUCAAAACUGCAUUUAGUAUCAGAAAUGUUCAAGAGGAAAUCUGUUUUUAAUAUUUGUACAUAAACACUGAAUUUUUUUUUGUUUUGUUGAGCAUUAUUUUGUAUUUUCUGUUGUACUUUAAUACCUGGUGUACAGAUCCAGAAUAAAGCUCUGGAAAUCUUA